AUGGCAGAACACGAACACCAUCACCACCACUUCUCUCUGUGUUUCUGCGAUUUAAUGAGGUUGCUGUGGUCCCUGGUGGUGCCCUGCGCCUACCUCAGCCUGCUCCUCACCCUCGUCCUGCUGCUGCUCCUCCUGGGGCUCCGAGUGUGGCUGCACGGCCGCCGCAAGGCCCGCCGGGCUCAGGACGGCGGCCCGGCGGUGGCUUUCUUCCACCCGUACUGCAACGCUGGAGGAGGCGGGGAGCGGGUCCUGUGGUGCUCCCUGAGGGCCCUCAUGCACCGAUACCCCGGCGUCUCCUUUGUGGUUUAUACCGGUGACCAGGGAGUCACCGGCGAACAGAUUGUGGAAGGAGCCCGGCAGCGUUUCAACAUCACGCUGCCUCGACCCGUCACCUUCGUCUUCCUGCGUCACCGAGUCCUGGUGGAGGCCAGUUCUUACCCUCACUUCACCCUGCUGGGCCAGAGCGCCGGCUCCAUGUUCCUCGGGUGGGAGGCGCUGACGGCCUUUGUUCCCGACCUGUACGUGGACUCGAUGGGCUACGCCUUCACCCUGCCGAUCUUCCGCUACCUGGGAGGCUGCAAGGUGGCGAGUUACGUUCACUAUCCCACCGUCAGCACCGACAUGCUGUCUGUGGUCAGAGAAAGGAACCCGAGAUUCAACAACGCCGACUUCAUCUCCAGAAACCCCGUGCUGAGCGCCGUGAAGGUGGUGUACUACUGCUGCUUCGCCCUGCUGUACGGCCUGGCCGGCUCCUGCAGCGACGUCAUCAUGGUGAACUCCACCUGGACGCUGGGACACAUCCUGGCCUUGUGGCGCUCGCCGAGCCGCACCAGCGUCGUCUACCCGCCCUGCGACGUCCGGGCCUUCCUGGACGUCCCGCUGGAGGAGGAGGACGACGACGACCUGGAGGAGGGCUGGGAGGAGCUGGGGCGGGAGCUGGGGAGCGGCGAGGAGGACGAGAGCGGAGGCGGAGACAGGAAGUGCCACUCCAUCGUGUCGGUGGGCCAGUUCAGGCCGGAGAAGGACCACCAACUGCAGAUUAGGGCGUUUCGCAAACUGCUGGACAGGAAAGGCGACGGGCCCGGCGGGAGGGAGUCUCUGCGGCUGGUGCUGAUCGGAGGAUGCAGGAACCAGGAGGACGAGGAUCGGGUCCUGAUGCUGCGGGGACUCUGUCAGGAGCUGGGCGUCGCCGACCGCGUCGACUUCAAGCUCAACAUCCCCUUUGAGGAGCUGAAGAGAGAGCUGGUGGACGCCACCAUCGGGCUGCACACCAUGUGGAACGAACACUUUGGCAUCGGUGUGGUGGAGUGUAUGGCGGCAGGAACCAUCGUUCUGGCCCACAAGUCCGGAGGUCCAAAGCUGGACAUCGUGGUGCCGCACGAGGGCAGACAGACGGGCUUCCUGGCCGACAGCGAGGACAGCUACGCCGCCGCCAUGGAGUCCAUCCUGGCGCUGUCGCCGUCGGCCCGACUGGAGAUCCGACGCAGCGCCCGCGACUCCGUCAAUCGCUUCUCCGACCAGGAGUUCCAGGCUUGUUUUCUGGCCGCCACCGAGUCUCUGAUGAGCAAACUGGAGCGAUGAGGAAGAGCAGACGUGGCCUGGUGUCCGUCGGCGACCGGGACGUUGUUUGUCUCGUUUUGUUUUAUUUUUUUAAAUAGCGCGACACAAAUGAAGCAGCGAGACCCAUAUUUACAGUUAAAGCAGCCAAAGCUUACAGUUACACUGUGGCUCAUUCCCAAUCCUAAAUAAUACAAGUCGAUGAUAUAAAGACAGACUCCUGAUGGACGUCCAGAGAUAGAAUAGAAAGAAAAAACAAACAACCCAACAAAUCCAGGACUUUCCCAGUGACUGUGCAUGUGUCAAACUCAUGUGUAAAAGUUGGAAGUGUGACGACGGACAUGUUCUGCUGGCAAAGCUAAACAAUAACCUCCCUCCUUAAGCAGAUGCCUUUCCAGCCUAAUUUUAAAAUCACAUUGUGUUCACAAUUAAACUGGUUGACAUAAAACAGACCUCAAAGUUCCGUAAAUUUACCAUUUAAUCCCAUUUUUCCCAGCAGGAAGUUAGGAGUUAAAAUAUCUGUUGGGUAAUGUCAGAUGACAAUAUUGAUUUCAUAUCUGUGAUAUUUGGUCCAGAAACACUUUCGUGGAAAGAAAAACGUGUUCCAUCUGUUCCUAAUAUGUCUGAUUCAUGUGUUGUGUCUUUUCUGCAAUCAGCAGCCAAAUAAAAUAGUGCAAAUUUAACUAAAAUUUUAGAAAAUUGUCAAGUGAAAAUGUGAAUUGAUGCACAUUUCCAUCUGCUUCUGUUGUGUGAAUACAAGUUAAUUGGUUGAUGGAGCUAAAUCUCUAGUUUGGAGGUCAAAAGAGCUCCAGUUAAAGUUCAAACAACUGAAAAAAAAAAAUCUGAAAACGUAAUGGAAAUGUGGCAUUUCUGUUAGUUUGAUAAGUUAAAAUGAGACUCUCUUCAUCACGUCAUACAGAUCUGAUGGUUCUGGGUGAUGUUCAAAUCACGUUUCAUGCAUGUCAUCAUUCCGUCACUGCUUUAAAUUGGUUUUUAUUCAGAUGACAAGCGGUACAACUUAUUUUGUGGUUUACUUCCUGUUUCUACACGUCUAAAAACACACUAUACAUAGAAAUCAGACAGCUUUGGAAUAUUUUCCUCUUUUGAUGGAGGCUGUUUGUGCUAAGCUAAGAGCUGAAACUGAUUUUGAGCUUCUUGCCGGAGAAGAAGACGGAUGCACAUAUUUCCCUAAAUGUGUUCCUUUAAGGCAGUUAAAUAUAUGAAGAGGAAAUAUUUCUUGAAGAGCUACAUUCCAAGCUGCAAAAUAUUUGCCAGCAAAAGAAGUGAUUUACGUCGCGUUGAUACUGACAUGACUUUGAUUAUACUUGUGUUUUUCCAACGGUGUCAAUUUACUGACUGAAUCCUAAAUAGACAUGAAGGGGUUUGAAUUGUGAUUUUUUUUUUUUUUUCCCGACUAAGGAAGUUCGUUAAGUGAAGACUUUUAAUUUAAUGCUUUCUGUGUACACAAGAAGUAUUUAAAAGCACAGCGUGUUUGGGUUGAGGUGACGGCCAAAUCUGUUUUCUUUAAAUGUUGUUUCACCUUCUGCAUUCCUGUUUGUGAUGAGGUCCAGGCAUGGAAACAUGACUAUAUGUAAUAAAGUAUUAAAGUAAAUUACUUUUAUUUUGAAAGAGGCAUUAGUUCUAUUUAAGUCUGUCCGUGUAUAGAGGAUGUUUGGAGUUUGUUUCACUGAGAAACUCAAGUUACACUUAAACAAUACUGCAAUAAAUGCAAUCAUCAAACACUU